AUGUCUUCCCAACCGACGGAACAAGAUUGGCACCCAUCCAGUCUUCUUGCACAUGACGCACUCGACUCGAUAUCUAAUGCGAAGUUCACUGCUCAGGCUGGAACUGAUUUCUAUGACCGCAGUCCGAUGAGCCGCAGAUAUGCCCUUGCUGGAGUGGCAUGCUCGAGUAUUGUCAGCUGCUGUUGCAUCAUUGCAGGCACUGUCAUUAUUUCCGCUCGCGGACCUUCGGGUAUGAUUCAAGCGACGGCCACGGACCUGCAGAUAGAGAUGCGGAACCUAGCACUAAACUUAAUUGUCACGUUAUGCACAGAGUCUAUAGGCUUCGUGCACGGCAUCUCCUUGCGCUCAGCGCUGGCCUCACAGUCCCGGCUUACUUUCAACACUAAUCUACGCCUUUUGACCGCAGCUCAUGGAUGGCGCAAUCCUAACGGUGCCCUCCUCAAUGGUCUCAUGGCUGUCCUCCUCAUUAUAUCUUACACCUCAGUCUCACUCGCCGCAUCGGCUCUUUACAUCGUAGGGCUCCCUCUCCUCGUUUUGGGCAUUGCACUUCUUCUGCAGAUAGCCAUCGCAUUAGCAGGGAUGCAAACUGUCAAAAUAUUGACGUGGAGCUCCUCACCCUUCGACCUCACCGCUGCUCUGGUUUAUCACACCCAAUUGGCUCCUGCUUCUUUCCGGUGCAUGCGUGGUGUGUCCGACCUGUACAUAGCUGGAGGUUCAGCGAGGCCGUCAGAUGCCCAGCCAUCGGCGUGGCAUGCUCACACUAGCAUCCGGAAAGUUGUUGUUUCUCUUUGGGGGCUCGUUGUAGUAUGCGCUGGAUGGGCUGCUCGACCUCGAUACCGUGGUCGUUUUUUUUUCACUGACGUGCAAACAACUUAUGCCCUCGAAUACCGUGUUACGUCCUCCAAGGGUUUCAAUGCCCAGACGUGGAUUCUGGCAUUUGUCAACAUAGCAGUCAUCCAGGGAGUGUUGACACUUGGGCUGCAUUGCUCGGAGCUCAUCGCGGACGUCAUUCAAAAUGAAAGGCAAUGGAGAUGUGCAACAACAAGGAAAGGACUUCACACGGCGACGAACCCGCUGAAGGGGUUUCUCACUAACCCCCUCGGCCUCGUCCUUUUCAUCGUGAAGCCUGUGCUACACUGGAUGUUUGGGAUUGCAUUCCAGGCCACGUAUGUAAUCGACAUUCAAUACCACCCAUUCACAGUUAUGGGAUCGUACACAAAAAUGGGUGUAUACCAGAUCGUGAACUUAUGUAUAGCACUGUUUAUUUUUUCCUGUGUCUUCACUAUCAUCGCACUGCACCAACCACGCGGACCCCAGCCUGCCACAUACGGGCACCUCCAGACUCUGGCAAAUCUUGUAGAUGAGUGGUCUCCUGUGAUGUGGUGGGGUCACAAGGAAGACGGAAUCCCAUAUUGUCAUGCUGGGACGAGUAAUCAUCCGCUGCCGGAUGUCAAGAUGGACUGUGUAUAUGCUGGUACCGAUGUCAUGUCCUAUUCACCCAUCUCGGGAGAAGUACCUGCUGUUGAAAAGGCAUUUCUUAAUUGAUGAUUUAUCUUUUUUGAGCCGUGCUGACGAUUCAUUUAGUAACGGUGCACACGGUCAGCCACGCCAUCGAACAAGAUAUUGGUGAUCUCCACGAUAUAUCUACCGCGUUGCAGGUAGCUCG